AGAAGAUAGUGUUUGAUACGUAAUGUAUAUGUUUACACUUAAACAUCUUACUUAAACUGGAUCGAAAUGUUCCCGGUAUGGAAGGACACAAGAUAACCACCUUCCUCAAUAUAACAAUAACGCCGUGUGACACCGGGGUUAUAUUGUGGGUUUUAUCACCGCGUCGCAAGCAGUAGUGUUUUACGGUACCACCUACAUUCCCCUGAAAGUUUGAUACCGGCGACGGGGUGUUCUGCUAUCGUUGUUAGCGGGCUUAUUGUACGGUCAGACGUUCACUCCAUAUCUUUAUGUACUAAACAACUACGACAAUUCAAGCCAAAAUGCUCGUUUUAGAUCCAGCUGGUGAGCAACAGGCGGUAAGGACCACAGGCAAGACCGUUGUUGUUAGCAAAAUACAACAACGCAUGGAGUGCGGAAGCAGCGCACUGAAGAACACUGAAAGGAUCCCUGAUAGUAAAACCAUAUGCAAUUUAAUACCGGUAUGGAGGGUUACAUGACAACCUCUUUCCCCAAUGUAACAAGAACACCGUGUGACACUGGGGAUACACCGUUAUAUGUGGGCUUUAUCACCGCGUCGCUAGCAGUUGUGUUUUAUGGAACCACGUACAUUCCCGUGAAAAAGUUCGAUACCGGCGACGGAAUGUUUUUCCAGUGGGUGUUUGCCAUUUCAAUAGGACUGUAUUCCCUGAUUGUAGCGCAAGUACGGGACAAUCCUAAAUUUUACCCAGUCACAAUGCUGGGUGGUGCACUGUUUAUCACAGGAAACCUCACAGUGAUUCCAAUAGUAAAGAUGAUAGGGCUUGGACUGGGAUUCAGUAUAUGGGGUGUAACGAAUCUACUCAGCGGCUGGGCAACAGGGAGGUUUGGAUUAUUUGGUUUAAAGGCAGAUCCUCCCGACAACCUGGUUCUCAAUGACAUUGGAGUAAUUCUGGCAGUUAUAAGUGCUGUGAUAUUUACAGCUGUAAAGAAUGAAAUAAGCAAUGCAAACAUUGAUACCACAGUCACUGUAGAUAUAUCAGAGACCAGCCCUCUACUUCAGAACACAGAAAAGUUAAUUGAAAAGAGGCUGUUUCAAAACCCUGAAUGUGAAGUCAUCGUUAUACCAGAAAACAAACAGAAUGUAUCCAAGACAGACCAAGAUAUUUCAGCUCCUCAGGACGAACCCAGUAUCUUUGAUAAGUUGAGCCCAACAGUCAAACGGAUCUUGGGUGUUCUGUUAUCGUUGUUAGCGGGCUUAUUGUACGGUCAGACGUUCACUCCAUAUCUUUAUGUACAAAACAACUACGACAAUUCAAGCCAAAAUGCACUGGAUUAUGUAUUCUCCACAUUGUGUGGAAGUGUAUUGUCCAGCACUGUUUACUUCCUCCUGUACGCUGUCUACAUGAAAAAUCGUCCUAAAGUCUACCCGAGGGUGAUACUGCCCGCCUUUGUUUCUGGUCUCUUGUGGACUGGCGGUACCACAUGUUGGUUUGUGGCUAACAAAGUACUUUCUGAAUCAGUGGCGUUCCCUAUAGUGACCACAGGACCGGCUGUAGUUGCCAACUUGCUGGGGGUACUGGCAUUCAAGGAAAUAAAGGGAUUUAAGAACCUGCUGAUACUGGUUAUUGGAAUGGGAAUCACAAUUACUGGCGCCUUACUGGCAGGAUUCUCCAAGAAGUCGACAAGUUGUUCCUGAUCUUCCUCCAUGCUUGUCAAUAUGUUUGCAAGUUGAACAGUGUUAUUGACAUUAAAUAUUCCCCAUUCUCAGCAACUGCUCUGUAAAUACUUCCCUGAAGCAUUAAGAAUUCGUUCCUACUGUACACAGCUCAACACUGGUGGUAUUCAGACACUACAUCAAUUGUUAUAAUUUUCUGUCGCCUAUUUCUUUAUUUAUGAAUACAGUCAAUGAAGUAUACUUAUUUAAAUGGAUGGAUCCAAGAUCAUUACACAGAUACAUUAAAGUGUGACGUCAAA